UUUUUAUUUAUGUAAUGUAAUGGUGUCAGACGCGAACCCAGCAUAAUCUACGUGCACCACAAGAGAAAAAUGUUAGUCUUGCAAACCUAAAAACAGAAAAACGGAUCUUUUUAGUUUGUCCUGGCAUUGCGUUGAUGGAGUUCGGAGGAGUCACGCUGAUCGGACUGAAGCGGAGUGAAGCAAUUCAUCAUGCACAAGGGAAAAUGUUACUCUCACUACAAAGACUGAGAUAUGAUUGACAACGGAUAAUAAUAUAUAAAAAUCAGUUGGAGAGGGAAUCCUAAAGCAUGCUCUUGGCACAAUUUCGCAGAAACUGUCAUCGGCCUUUGGAAGCUUAUGAAAGCAGUGAUCACGAAAUGAGAUAGGACAGAGCUGUUAAACUAACGUUACCCGUGUUGCUUAACUUUUUAAUGAUGUCACCUUUCAUGCUAAAGGAUCGAGCUGUGUAACUUUGGAGAAAAAGGCAUCAGCUCUUCAACUUCCUACAGCUGUCACCGGGUAAAAGAGUCGAGCAUGGAUCUACUGGAGUGUCCGAUUUGCCUGUUCCUCAUGUGCGAGCCCGUGACCAUGAGCUGCGGUCACUCUUUCUGCAGGAGAUGCAUGGGAGCUUUCCUGCCUUCGCGAUGCCCCACAUGCAAAGAACGUUUAAAACAGAGAGAUGCGAAAAACAUCAAAAACAAUGUGUUACUCUUCAGCGUCAUUGAGAAAUGUUGCCCCGAAGAGACCAAGAUGAAAUGUCACAUUCAAGAGAAACUGAAAACGAGCGAGUUCACAGAAGCGCUGCGUAUUGCUGACGAAGGGAUCGAGAUGGCCCCUGAAGAUGUGAGUCUUAAAGUGUGGCGAGCUGAGGCCUGCAUGGGCCUCCGCCGCUUUUCUGAUGCCCUCCGUGACCUGGAUGACCUGUGCUGUGUGCGACCCAACUGGACUGAGGGUUUCUUUCGUAAAGGGAAUGUGCUUUUUGAAAUGGGCAGACAGACUGAAGCCCUCAUCCAGUUUUAUCAUUGCCUGAAGCAGCAGCCUGAUUUUGCCCCUGCAAAAAAUCAGAUUAAGAAGAUAUUGGAAGCAGAGGGCAUGGCUGUACCAGAAGAAGUUCCACGGAUUCUACAUGUUGUGUCUGAGUUCUUGCAAGACCCCUGUCCUAUCACCAGCUCUGUAAGUCCCUCAUGUCCAGAUGGUCAGCGCUAUUCCCACAGCAAUGCUGAAGGUCAAAGUGAUCCCGGGCAGAAUGCAACUAAAGUGAAGCACGGCACUAGCGGCGAGUGCUGUCUGAGCCUGUGUCAGGCCGUGUCCUUCCUCCCCACCGCUGAGGAUGAUGAGGAACUGAUGAUGAAGAGAGAAGAGAAACAGAACAGAGCUGUGUGCAGUGUGGGCAGAGAGUCUUGCCUCAGCGUUUUGACAGUGACUGAUUUUGAGUGCCCUCUCUGCAUCAGGUUAUUCUAUGAGCCGGUGACCACACCCUGUGGACACACCUUCUGCAAAAACUGCAUUGAGAGAAGUCUGGAUCAUAAUCUACGCUGUCCACUUUGCAAACAACCACUGCAGGAGUAUUUUAAGAACAGGAAGUACAACCCCACUGUGCUGCUGCAGGAGAUCAUGUCCCGCCUCUUCCCCCAGCAGUUGGCUGAGAGGAAACAGGUGCAUGAGGCAGAGAUGGCAGAGCUGUCAAAUUUGACUAAGGACAUCCCAAUCUUUGUGUGCACGGUGGCAUACCCUGGCAUCCCGUGUCCACUGCACAUCUUUGAGCCUCGUUACCGUCUGAUGAUGCGGCGAUGUAUGGAGACGGGCACCAAAAAGUUUGGCAUGUGCAGCUACGAGCACGGCAAAGGCUUUGCAGAUUACGGCUGCAUGUUGGAUAUUUUGGAUCUGGAGUUGCUUCCUGAUGGCCGCUCCUAUGUGGAUACACUAGGAGGUAGCCGCUUCCGAGUGCUCAGGAGAGGACAGAGAGAUGGCUACCACACAGCUGAUAUAGAGUACCUGGAAGACCAUAAGGUGGAAGGUGCUGAGCUUGAAUUACUGCAGCGUCUCCAUGACAGUGUGUAUCAGCAGGCGAGAGAGUGGUACCAUCGUCUGAACAGCCGCAUUCAGGAGCAGAUCAGCCGGCAGUACGGCAUCAUGCCUGAGAAAGAGGACGACAUUCAGGCAUCUACUAAUGGGCCGGCCUGGUGCUGGUGGCUGCUGUCAGUGCUGCAGUUAGAUCCAGCCUAUCAGACCACCGUUCUGUCUCUGACCUCCCUCAAGGACAGACUGGGCCAUCUACGUAUCGUACUAGAAUACUUCUCUCAGAGCUAGAACGGAGACACAUUAUGUGCCAACGUCUCUGAUCACAUCACAUGCAUGCACCACGGAAAAGAUUUUCUUUACUUUUUGAUUUGAACUGAGCGACUUAUUUGCUUUUGCCACAAAAUUUGAUAUUUUUAUUCUAAUCAUAAUCCAUACACAAGAUCUCUUGUGCUUGGAUAAUACAUUGGAAAGCUACGCUACGGGUUGGUUAAAAAUGAGAUGACCUGUUCCAAUGGCUGUACAACUAUUGAAUUAGUCAUCGAACUAAUUCCUACUUGAGUCGAGCACCAAAGAAUCAAGGACUCGUUCUACACGGAACAGCUGUUUAUUGGUUUUCAUGCUGUUCGCUUCAUUAAACAUCAUCAGAGUGGAUGCCAAAUGUUGCAGCUAGUUUUGUUGACACACAUUUGAGAUGUUUCCAGAAGUACUGGGCCCUCGCCAGGAUUUUAUUUUUUAAAUGUGUAGCUCACAUUUGUGGCCGAGAGGGAAACAGUUGGCCCAAGAGACUGAUGACUGAAUAGGAGCUCUUUGAUUAUGCAUGAAUGAAACGCUUAUGACUACAGCCUCAAAGUCUCACAAUUCUGGCCAUAAGUUUUAGUUGAAUCAGAAAUAACAUUAUCCUCGGUAACUGAAUAACAUGAGGAGUUGCAUACAUUUUCCAAUAUUAAUGACACAGAAUACACUUUAUUUUUUUCCAUGAAUGAAAGCUGCUAGCUGUACUUGUUCCAUGCAUAAUAGUUAAUGUGUUGCAAGCUUGCUGGCAUGACAGUAGAGAGGAGAGAGGAAGGGAAGGUUUUGAAAAGUACUCUAACAUUCAAAAGUUUGGGGUCAGUAACAUUUUUUUUUUUUAAAGAAAUUAAUACUUUUAUUUAGCAAAGAUUCAGUAAAUUACGAAAGCCUGUUCCCACCACUGAACUUUUUUUUUUUAACUUAAUUGCAAUUCUGACUUCUUCAGAACAGUGAGAUAAUAAAACCAUGAAAAAAACUCAAAAUUGCGAGAUAAAAACUGACAAUUCUGACUUUUUCAACAUAAAUUAGAGUUUGUAUGGAGUUGAUAUAUAAACUUGCAUUUGCGAGUUACAAAGUCAGAAUUGCAAGAUAAAACCUCGCAACUGCGAGUUAUAAAGUCAGAAUUGUAAGAUAUAAACUCGCAAUUCUGACUUUUUCUCGCAAUUCUCAAAAUUUUUAAUUGCAAGUUAUAGUCUAAUUUUGAGGGGAAAAGACUGAUAUUUUCUCAAAAUUAUGAGUUUAUGUCUCACAAUUCUGACUUAACAACUCACAAUUGGGUUAUAAAUUCAGAACAAGUCACAAUUUCAAAAUAUAAACUGAGAAAAAAAGUCAGAAUUGUGAGUUUAUAUCUUGCAGUUAUCUCAUAAUUCUGAUUAAUAACUCACAAUUGUGAGUUUAUAUCUCAGUUCUAAGAAAAAAAGUCAGAAUUGCGAGUUUGUAUUAUGCAAUUCUGAGAAAAAAAGUUGGAAUUACAAGAUAAAAAAGUUGCAAUUACCUUUUUUAUGUUUUUAUUCAGUGGCAGAAAUGGGCUUCCAUGGUAAAUUGAUUAACAGAUUUCAAGAUUUCUAUUUCAAAUACGGUUCUUUUUUAACUUUCUAUUUAUCGAAGAAUACUGAAAAAUGUAUCUAUUUCCGCAAAAAUAUUAAGCAGAACUGUUUUUGAUAUCGAUAAUACUAAGAAAUGUUUCUUUAGCACCAAAUCAGCAUAUUAGAAUGAUUUCUGAUGACUGGAGUAAUAAAAAUUCAGCUUUGCUGAACGGAUCAAAAUAUAAAACACGUUUACAUUUUAAAAAUAUUUUACUGUAUCGUUAAACAAAUGCAGCCUUUCAGAAAUAUUCUUUAAAAAAAUCAUACAGAUCCCAAACAUAUGAAUGGUAGUGCACAAUAUUCUUAAUCACAUGGCAGUUGUGGGAGGUGUUGUAAAAGUUUUAGCUAUCUGGUUGAUCAUUAUAGCUCUCCAAACCUCUUAGUGUCAGUCAUAUUGGAUUAUUUCUGUGUGCUUGUGCCUUGUGAUGGGCCUUAAUCUAGUUUCAGAUAUUUGGUUAAGGACUGGAUAUACGUUCCUCAUUUUCCCUUUUUUCUGUUUCAGUGCCACAUUCCAUGGAAUGUUAAAACUGCAAUGUUACAUAUGAUUUAACAAAUUUAAAUGGGCUUGAAACUGACUUUGUUCCUACUCUGGUGAUUGUGCCAUUGUUUUUUUUUUUUUUCUCAUCUCAUAUGUGUCUAGCUCCUUAUGGCUGGAAGUCCAACAAGGGUUAACAUGCACCCACCUGUACUGUUAAUUUAUUUUUAGGUUUAUCAUAUUUGAUCUUUUGUGCACUGCUCGGAAGAUUACUGUCAUUUUGCCAUAUUGAAAGCCAGUUACUAACAGGUGGGUGCUUUGCUUUUAACCAUGUUUUGAAUGAGGAAUGCCUAAACAUACUGAUUUUAGAUUUAUAUUUUAGUCUUAUUUGAAAAAAUGUAAAUUUGGGAACUUUUGGAGAAAAGACGGGACACUAAAAGGUUCAUCCAGAAACUUGAGUGAGACCUCAGUUAUAUUCUGCUUCACACUUCAUCACAGCUUUAAAUGAUUCACACCUCCAUGGUUAAAGUCAUGCUGAGCCACACAUUAUUCAUGAUCGCAUGACUUCAAUGGAGUGACUUAGAGAGAUAAAUAUAUAUGAAAGGGAUUCAAGAACAGGAUUUUAUUUGAAUUUGCUUUAGUAAUUACUGAUUUCAUAUCUAAGAUGCACUUUUGACAUCUAAUACCUUCCAUCCUCAGGAUACAGGACUUGAAAAAUCACUUACAAAUGCUGUCAGAACUGUUGGUUCACCUUUCUAUAGUUUCUCAGUAUCGUGGUGGUGAGCUUGACGAUGUAAAAUUUUCACCCUUCUGGUUUAACUGUAUGUGAAGGUGGGAGAUUGUGUGGUGUUGCUUCGGGAUAGUAAAAGUGCAAUUUAGAGUGACUUUAUUCUUCACUAAUACUCUCAUUAAAAAGGAGAAU